UCCGGCAAACAGACAUCCAGACAGAGCAAGAGACAGACAGACGAGUCCUCCCUCAAGCCCAAGAAAAAGAAGAGGAGAAGAAAAGAGAAAAAAGAACAUCACAAAUCUUCAAAACAGUACUGUAAAACAGUUAAGAUCAUUAACUUUUUAAGCCACUCAUAAACAGAAGUCGAAGAUGCAGAUGUGCACAGUCCUGGAGAAGAAAGGAGGAUGCGUGGUUGGAGCCGAACUCAGCUGCAGUGUGAGGGAGGAAAAUCCAACUAGGAAAGAGAGUUACACCGCUAACUGGCGCAGCAUUAAUAUGAAAACUCAACCUGAGGAUCGCCAGUCGAUGCUGAUGUCAGAUGACUCUCGCCGAGAGUCCCUGUCCCGUUAUUGGCAGUCACGUCCUCUCAAUCAGGCCUGCCCAUCAGGUGUUGUCAGAGUGGGCACUGUGGACACAGGUGUAAGAGAGCACCAGCUCUUACCCUACAGGAACACCCUGCCUCUGCCUAUCUUCAAGCCUGCUGAAUUUGGUGUCCGCCUGGGUCGUGGAGCCCCACACACCCUGGAAGAUCUCCCUCCUGCCCGGGUUCCCGACGGAGCCUGUCCAGACAAGAGGCCAGUGGACCAGAUCACCAGGGACCUGCCACCCGUCAAACCAAUGCGAAUGGAGUUUGCCAAAGCACCCAGAACCCUGGGCCGAUCCAUGUCUCAGGAGGCCCAGAGAGGCUGAAAAGCAGAAAGACAAAUAUGAGUCAAAGACUGUUUGGACUUUACUAAAAAUGAUACAAAGGGCAGGAUGAAACAGAGGGGAUGAGCAAGUAGAAAAAGGUUUUUAGAGAUAGUCAAACAGCAUGUGCAGUGAGUGAAACCUCAAAUGAUGAAAUGAUGUUCAUGAUGGGAAAAAGAAAGCUGAUGAUCCUGUUAAUCUGAAAAAUAAUGCUAUGUAUAGUGAAGUUGAGUUGUAAAUAGUAUUUGCUUGUUUUGUAUUGAGUAUGUUAAAAACACAGCACUUUUUGUUCAGUUGCCAUUAAUUGAAUGAGCAUAGGUUUUGGCGUCAUGUUUGGUCAUGCACAAAAUUUAAUGUCUGGUAAAGCAGAAAAACUUUUAUUUUUGUUAAAACUUAAUUAUUUACCAAAUAAGAAUUGCACUAUUUAUUGACAGUUGGUAUUUGUUGUUGGAUUUAUUGAGAGUUGAUAUUUGCUAUUUAUCUUAAUCAUUUCAAUAAAGUUGUAUUAGUAUAAAACCAG